GUUACCAAUCGAAGUAGGGGAAUGACUAGUAUUUGGAUUGGAUAGCGUCGUUGGCGGUGCUCCGAACUCCGAAGAGGAUCAAAGACCCAGAGCAUCACCGGAGGCGCGAUGGUCUCCUACGCGGGCGUGGGCUCGCUCCUCCCGAGACUCGGGUGGAUGCGGAUGCGGCGGCCCCCCAAUCCGAAUCCGCGGUCGAGGUGGCCGACGCGGACGACGACGACGACGACGAGGAGGAGGAGUCGCUCUUUUUCCUCCUCCUCGCCUCUCCGCGCCGCUCUCGAUUCCCCCGACGUCUCCCUCCUCGCCGACGCCGCGCGCAUCUCCCUCUCCCCCAACGAAGUUCGAGAAUUCGAGCCCAAGAUUAUGCAGGUCAUUGACUGGUUUGGGCAACUCCAGGCUGUUGAUCUUGAGAGUAUCGAACCUUCACUUCGAGCUAAUACUGAAGUAGAUGCCCGUACAAGAGAAGAUGCGCCAGAAGCAUUUGAUAACAGGGAGGCCAUAAUAGCAGCUGUUCCGAGUUACGAGGAUCCAUACAUCAAAGUUCCAAGAGUAUUGAACAAGGAAUGAAGUUUUAGAUUUAAAUAGUUUGAUUGGCGUCAUGAGUGGGAAUUCUUGUGCAGGUUUUUGUCUACGACUACUAUUCCAUUGUCACGUAAACUAAAUGUAGCUGUUACUGGGAAUGUAAUAUUGGCGACUAUUUCACUCUAAACUAUUAAUAGGAGCAUUAUGUAGUAAAUUUUUCGAUCUGUUUUAA